UUGGGAGUCUUUGGAGAAAGCGAGAGAAAGGGAGCGAGAAGAAGGCGCGAGGGGAAAGGGUGGCUCGCUGAUUAUUCCAGCCCCAGCGACAUAGAAAGUUGGGACACAAUCAAACACAGAAUGGCUAUUUUAUAACUGGGGUCCUUGGUGACGUAUGGCUGAACGUUUCCUGGCACAGAUCUUUAUGGACCAGUAAGCAGAGCGAAAUUGAAGCUGACAAGACUUUUGCAUUUUGGAAAGAACUGUAAUCUACUGUAGUGAAGAACAGAGCCACUCAAUCACUGCAGCUGUAAAUAAGAGACGGAAGGGAGUAAGAAAGGAGGCAAAGAGAAAAAGUGUUUGCUGGGGGGGGAGGGGGGAAGGCAUUUUUGGUGGAUGGUAUGAAGCCAGCCAUGGAAACUGAAGCGGAGGAAAAUGCAGAACAAAGCCAAGAGAAAAAAGUGAUCACCAGACCAGAAAUGGAAAUUGGCAGGUACCACUGGAUGUACAGGAGUUCAAGGCCACACCGGUACCAUCAUGUGCCAGCAUUGAGAGGCAAAAUUAGUCCUUUGGGGAUUCAAGGUUGCUUUGAAUGUUGCAUUAAGUGCCUGGGAGGGGUUCCAUAUGCCUCACUGGUGGCCACCAUCCUCUGCUUCUCGGGGGUAGCGUUGUUCUGUGGCUGCGGCCAUGUGGCACUCACGGGAACUGUGUCCAUCCUCGAACAGCACUUCUCCACAAAUGCCAGUGACCAUGCUUUGCUGAGUGAAGUAAUACAGCUAAUGCAGUAUGUAAUUUAUGGCAUUGCAUCAUUUUUCUUCUUAUAUGGAAUAAUCCUUUUGGCAGAAGGUUUUUACACAACAAGUGCUGUAAAGGAGCUGCACGGAGAGUUCAAAACGACAGCCUGUGGCCGCUGCAUCAGUGGAAUGUUUGUUUUCCUCACCUAUGUGCUGGGAGUGGCCUGGCUCGGGGUCUUUGGCUUCUCUGCUGUGCCUGUCUUUAUGUUCUAUAACAUAUGGUCAACUUGUGAAGUCAUCAAAUCGCUUCAGACGAAUAUGACAGUUCCAGGGGACCAGAUCUGCGUGGAUAUCAGGCAAUACGGUAUCAUCCCUUGGAAUGCUGUACCGGGCAAGGCUUGUGGUCCAAUUUUAGAGAACAUCUGCAACACGAAUGAGUUCUACAUGUCUUAUCACCUGUUCAUUGUGGCCUGUGCUGGAGCUGGUGCCACUGUCAUAGCAUUGAUCCACUUCCUCAUGAUACUGUCCUCUAACUGGGCCUACUUAAAGGAUGCAAGCAAAAUGCAGGCCUACCAAGAUAUCAAAGCAAAAGAAGAGCAGGAGCUUCAGGACAUCCAGUCUCGAUCAAAAGAGCAACUCAAUUCUUACACAUAGAUGUUUGCCACAGUAAUUCAGCAGAAGAAUUCUGUAGCUCUGACAAAUCAACAAAUAGCUGCUCUGCAGUACAGAUGUGUGUCUACCAAACAAAAUAAUACAGAAGUGUAAAAGCUUCAAAUUCAAGCUCCUGGAAACAUGUUCAUAGGGAACUCUUCCUGUGGGUAAUCUUCCAUCCUUUAAUACAGAGAAUGGAGGUUUUAUUCCAGGCAUUUUAAAAGGCAACACUUCACAAGUGACCAAAUUAUUCUUCUUUAAGACUUUUGGUAUUUCAUAUUUGACAUGUACUACAGCAUGAAUUCCUGCACAAGACUGUGGCAGGUGCUCCAAACCAACAAGCAAACCUGCUUGUACAGACCCUGUACAAAGACACAUGUACAAUGUGUGAUUUAUUAUCUCAAUUUGUAUAUCAAAUGAAACUGUGGCUAGCUAAAAUUUAAUCGCUUGUGCUUAUUUGACAGCACAGCUGCAGUAUUUCAUUAGACAGAUAAGUUAUAACAGGGCAGUCUUUGAACAUGCUUUAAAUGGGCCACAGGAAUUGCAAUCUACUUUUGUGCCACACUUUUUUAUGAAGAAGCAGUCACUGUACUGUGCUUACAUGAGUGUUGAACAGAUGUCCCAAGUUUUAAUCUUUUUAUUAACUAUUUAACGGAAUGUAGAUCCUUGGAUCUGGAUAAUGAUCCCCUUCUUUGAAAAUAAAUGUCAGCUUUGCCUUAAUAUUUAUUUUCUAUAAAUGUCUUAGCAUUUAUAUAGCAGCAGGAGACCAUUAUCCUACAUUUUAAGUGAAAAGUGUUACCUUAUUAAAAUGACACCAAUUUGACUACUCCAAAUCAGCAGAGAAGUAAUUUUGCAGAGUUUUACACAAACAAUAAAAAAAUUACAGCCAUAAAGCAGAAUACAGGAUGUCCACCUUUCUCUAUCUUGGUGCUUAGCAAAUUUAUAGCCAGUGCUUAUGUGUUUUCCUUUUUACAAAUUAGCUAGCACUAUAAGAAAACGUGGUGUUCAGAAAAAAAAUGGUGCCAUUUUAAAGUUAUUUCCCAUAGAAGUCUGCCUUCUAAUUAAUGUUUUUUUCAGAAGCAUUCAGUGAUAUCUUGAGUAUUAGUGAUGGUAUAUUUGGUGUUUGUUCUUUAUGAUAUAUCUAUAAAUGUUGGGGGAAAAGUAACAAUACAUCAGUCGUUUGAAAAAAUAAAUAUUCAAGUCAUACAUACCCAUGUUAAGCUGACGUGUGGUUUGAUAGUUUUGACUGUUUGCUGAAUAUAAAUAAAAGGAAGCACAAGUUUCUUCAAGUCAUUAUUAAAUGAAAAGGCAUUUGGGGGGGUUAUUAACUUCAAAUAUGAUUUUGUUGGUAAAUACUGAAGUCUAAUUUGACAGUUUCAAAAAAGGGGCAAAGUUGAUCAAUGUACAGCAAAUAUGACAAAAUAGCCUAGUGUAUGUUCUUACCUGUUGCAUGAAGGAGACUUUUCUACAGCAAUGCAGGUGAUGUUCUAGCCCAGUGUUUGCAUAAGGGUAAUAAUGGAGGCAGUGUCUUAAAGCCUAAUUCUUUUCUAAUUCAGUGUGGCUAUUACUGGGAGUUUUUGAAGUUUUGUUUAAGUAGUCUAAUAUUUUUAUGUAAAGAGCAUUAAAUUUUGCUAUGUAUAAAUUUUUGUAACCUAACAGUGAAUCAAUAUUUUCUAUCAGUGCCAAGGGCUUCCUGUAGUUACAUCCAAGUGUUAAAAUAAAUAUUUGUAGAUAACAGACAA